AGGGGGGAUGUGUGCUGUGUGCUGUGUGCUGGCCGGGGAGACCCGAGAGAGAGCUUGACCUGCUGCAGGCGAUGAAACCAGACCCAGCAAAGCCUGGGGCAGGAAGAGUCCUCUUGAUGGCCUCACAGCUGACCCUGAACCUCCUCCGUGUAGUCACCUGAGGGAAGCUGGAGAACCUCAGCCGGCUUUCCUCACACCCCUGCUCCGCCGGGAAGCUCGGGAGAGGAUCCCUUCAGCUUCCUUGUUCCCUGGCGUCCUCCCGCACAGCCUGGAGCCGUCCCCUGCAGCCGGGCAGAGGAACGCCCUGGAUGCCUGCCGGGGUGCCGUGGCUCGUCCCGCGGAUUCCCCAGCUCGGCGAGGCCUUACUCACCUGCUUGCUCAGCGCAGGGCUUUCACGAGGUGCCCUGCCAGCCCCACGAGGGCAUUGCUGGGCCGGGGGCAGCAGGCGAGCAGCAGCCGCGGGUGACGGUGAGGCUCUGGGCUGCGUCCGGAGCAGUCCAGCGGCACCUGCCCCGCACCGAGGCGUGUCGGAAACCUGAUGCCUCACCUCCGCCAAUGUGGAGGCGGGAGGAGGGCCCACGGACAUGUCCCUUCUCGCUCCCGACAGCUGAAAGCGGAGAAGGAAGCUCGCUAGAGCCCUUCCCCGCAGCGCAGGAGGCCUCGCUGCUGUCCCGCUCUCGCCGCAGCAGCCCUCCCGCACUCCAGUACUCUGGGGGGGUGGCAGUCCCGCAGCCGCCGGGCGAUGAACAUCGCAAGGAGGAGAGGCUUUUACAGACAGGAGGUGAACAAAACCAUCUGGGAGCUGCCCAGGAGAUACACUGACCUCCACCCGCUGGGCUCCGGAGCCUACGGCUCGGUGUGCUCAGCCAUAGACAAGAAGACAGGGGAGAAAGUGGCUAUCAAGAAGCUCUGCCGCCCUUUCCAGUCGGAGAUCUUCGCCAAGAGAGCCUACCGAGAGCUGAUGCUGCUGAAGCAGAUGCAGCAUGAGAAUGUCAUUGGGCUGCUCGACGUCUUCACCUCCGCCCCCUCCUACCACGGCUUCCAGGACUUCUACCUGGUGAUGCCAUACAUGCGGACAGACUUACAAAAGAUCAUGGGACAUGAAUUCAGUGAUGAAAAGAUCCAGUACCUGGUCUACCAAAUGCUGAAAGGGCUGAAGUACAUUCAUUCAGCUGGCAUUGUCCACAGGGACCUGAAGCCAGGCAAUCUGGCUGUGAAUGAAGACUGCCAGCUAAAGAUCUUGGAUUUUGGGCUGGCCAGGCAGGCUGACGUGGAGAUGACAGGCUACGUGGUGACCCGCUGGUACCGAGCCCCGGAGGUCAUGCUCAACUGGAUGCACUACAACCAGACAGUGGAUAUCUGGUCUGUGGGCUGCAUCAUGGCAGAGAUGCUGACUGGGAAAACGCUGUUUAAAGGAAAAGAUUACCUCGACCAGCUGACUCAGAUCCUCAAAGUGACAGGGCACCCGGGAGAGGACUUUGUGGAGAAGCUGGAGGACAAAGCGGCUAAGAGUUAUAUCAAGUCCCUUCCUAAAACCCCCAAGAAGGAUUUCUCUGUGCUCUUCCCUGCAGCCAAUCCUCUGGCAGUGGACCUGCUUGACAAGAUGUUGCAGGUGGAUGUGGAGAAGCGCCUCACGGCCAGCCAGGCGCUGGCUCACCCUUACUUCGACCUAUUCCGAGACGUCGAGGAGGAGACAGAAGCUCAACAGUCCUAUGAUGAUUCCCUGGAGCAUGAAAAGCUCUCCGUAGAUGAGUGGAGAAGGCACAUCUACAAGGAGAUCUUAUCCUUCAGCCCCAUCGCACGGAAGGACUCGAGGAAGCGGAGUGGGAUGUCUCUGUAGUGGCUGCCGCCGCCAGGAUGGAUUCUCUGCUCCAGGACAGUUGGAUUUACACCACCCUGCCCCUCUGGUGGUCACAGUUUGGCCUGUGGGACCUUCUCUGUGUGCCUGCACAGGGUGGCACCAUGCUGCUGCGGGCACUGGACUUUGUUCUGCUGAAGAGGGGAAAACCUCAAACAGUUUUCGGUGUGAAAGAUAAAUAUAUUCUUGUUGAGACUUCAA